CCUUCCUCCUCCUCAUCUUUUUAACUCUAAAACUUCCCUAGAGUACACAGAGGAAAGUUAAAGGGUCUGUUCCAUAAUGAAAUGGCAACUUUUUUUCUCCUCGUGUAAUUCGCCGUGUCAUGUCUUGACUGUGUAGCAGUUUUUAACCCGUGCAGCAAAUGAACUUUUCACGUUUUCUCUCAUUUGCACUGCAUUUUUUAGAUCAAACACAAUGACGUUUUAGUCAUUCUAGUCAUGUGGAACUGUAUAUGCAUAUGUACUGUUUUUAAGUAACGCAUUUUUUUAAUCUAAAUGGGAGUUGACAAGACGCACAAGGAACGUGUCCUUCGUUUGUCCUCAAACUGCCUUAAGUGGCAAUGACCUGAACUGGUUUCCAUCUGCAUCCAAAUGACGUCAAGUGUGUGUAACGGAGAGAUGCUCUCCAUCACCCUGGGCCAUAUUCCUAACGUACCUGCACCUGCAGGUGAAUGACAACAUGCCCAGAACAAUCUCCUCAAAAUAAGGAGGUUCGCUUGUGCCAAGCACCGCCCUUCAAAACCCUUUCCAGACGUUUCUCCUUGUGGCCCUAACUCAGCACAUACUCUUUAUGGACUGGUCUGUGUUGUGCUGUAAAGAACCUUAUUUUUUACCUUGUAUUUUUAAACUGUUAGUGGCCACUUUUAGAGCGGGACCCUCAGUAUGCACAAGCUGAGAGGAGGCCCUGGCCCUCCUGUCCAGGACAUAUAUGAAUUCUCUCUGGACGAGGAGGACCCUAAAGUUUUCCUAGGGGCCAGGAGUGCAAGGGUGGUGUCUCCCGCGGCCGACUACAUCAGGUCCGAGCAUGAGCAAGCUGGCAUGUUCUCCUUGCCACAGGUGGAGGCGGGCCAGGAACCAAUAGAGCCUAUGGUACCACUUAAAAAGAAGAGGAAGAGAUGUGGCGUAUGUGGGCCUUGUAUGAGGAAGGAGAACUGUGGUACCUGCAGCAACUGCCUGAACCGAAAAAUUGGACACCAGAUCUGCAAACUGAGAAAAUGUGACGAGCUGAAGAGGAGGAAGAGCCCAUGGGAGGUGGAAUAUUUUGAAGACGUAAAAUCCCGGUCCAUAAUCCCAAACCUGGCUAAAGAGACUGUUUCUGUGGUGGGUUCAGUGGAUGGCCCCAGAGGAAGAGGCCAGAUGGAAAUUGGGUCCCAUGACCGCCUGGAUGAAGGCGUGUUAAACCAGGAACUGUCUAAUGGGCUUAGCAAACAUAUAGCAAAUGAAGAAAAUAUUUGUGAUGAAGAAGUCAGAGGCGUGGCCAGGGAGCAACACCAGCACAACUACCAUGAGGGAGCUGGAUGUAUUUCCCAGACACCGGGUUGGAUCCCUGAGCAUGCUGGGAAGUCAAAUCCUGAAUCUCAACAGGGUGCGUGGAGAGGCCAAAAUGCCAGUACACCAGUGAAUGAUGUGGAUAUGGAGGAUGCGCGAACCCUGGUGGCCUUUUCUGCUACUGUUGGCUCACUGCCACCUUACACCAACCAUCAACCUUCUCAGACUCCCACAGCUCAGCUGUACGAAAGGUUCAAUCAGGAAAUGUCUAAUGGAGGUGAGGAGGCCAGACAAAAAGGUGUGGAUGGUGAGAUGUACCCCCCUGAAGAUCUAAACACUCUUCAGGCAGCACUGAGCAAGGCCCGGCAUGGCCACAAGCCACCUAACUGUGAUUGUGAUGGCCCAGACUGCCCUGACUACCUGGAGUGGCUGGAGAAGCAAAUCAAAAUGGUGGCUAACUGCCAGGAUAAAGGUUCCUGUAAGAUUUCAGGUGCUUCUCCACAGCCACAUGCACAGCAUCGUCAUGCCCAAUCCCAACCUCAGCAAUGUGGAGGUAACCCCUCGUGUGUGCAAGACCCAAAUCCACAUCCCCAUGUUAACCAGCCUUCUGCUCCUAGACCCUUUGGCCCACCAGCACCCAUCCCCUGCUCCCCUAGUGUCCUGUCAAUAGCCAAGGAAAGAAAUGUUAGCUUGCAAACAGCAAUUGCAAUUGAGGCUCUGACCCAGUUGUCUGCCACUGACCCACAAACUGUUGUUCCUCCAGGCGAGUCUUCACCUGCAAAUCACCAUCAGCAUCUGCCAACCUCCUACCCGCAGAGUAUUCCACAAGUGGUCUCUUCAUCACCUGGUCCUCUUUUGACCUCCUCUGCCUCCUCUGCUAUGCCACAGUCCAUCCCUCCAGGACAUUAUCCUCAACAGGAGCUAUCAUGGAAUCAGCAGAGACCUCAGUCUCAGGGUGAGGCCCCUGCACCCAACAUUUUGUCUAGCCCAUCUCACUAUGCUUCCACAUACCCAUCCUCCAAGUCCCCGUUUGCAAGCGUACACCCAUCGACCCCUAAUCCCCGACCCCUGCAGUGGAACCAGGGCACAGCUGAAAGCUGCGAGAAAAGCUCCCCUCGGAACCCGUGGAUGAUGGUGAACACCGAUUCCCAGCCUCGUUUUGUAAGCUCAUCCCAAGGCAGUAGUGACCCAGUGUCCGAGCUAAAGCAACUGCUCGGAGACACUGGUGGAAAGUACACCAACUCAGCCUUCAAGUUCCCACUCCCUCACCCCAGCUUGCAGGAUUGUCGCAAGGGAAGCCUCCCUGGGAUGCCUCACAUCAAGCAGGAGGUGGACACGAAGGAGUACCUGGGCUCAGGGUGUGCAGUCAUGGGCCAGGAGGGGAUGGUAAAUGGCCAGCAGCAGUUCCAGGGUCAGCAGUUUUCCCCCACCAUUAGGCACUCAACUCAGGCAGCACUACAGCAGCACCUUCACCAUAAACGUAACCUCUUCUCUAAUCCCCCCGCCUUCAAUCCUUUAGCCCCCAUGGCUUGUCAGAACCUUCGUAAGUGGUGGCCACAGCCUAUUCCAGAGGGUCCUGUAACCAUCAAACAGGAGCACAAAGAACCCAAAAAGAAAAAGGGCGCUCAGAGUUCUCCACUUCUCAAGCAGCCAGUGGGUGGGCUUUUUGGUCCACUGGGCACACCUCUUCCAAAACCCAAACAGAUUGUUAUCAAGAAGCAUAAACAGAAAGCUUCCCAACCAUCUUUCCUCCCACAGAACCAGAUUAUAAUAUCAAAACCUCCCCUCUUCCCCCCAGGAUGUGCACCAUCCCUAUCUCAGCUUGCUCCAUCUCUACCAGGCAUGGAAGCUGGGCUUCCCCCCUCUCAGGUGGCUGAGAGCCACCCAGCUCCAGCUCAAUCUCAGGAAUCCAUUUUGAAUGGCAGUAGUAGUGCACCUAUCUCUGAAAACACUCUUUCUUCUUUUACCCCUGUGUCUGUCCUAGCACCAUCCACCCAGAAGGUGAUAGCUAGCCCAACCCCAGAUGGGCCAAACGAUAACAUCCCAACAACCAGUAUCACACCUCAAACCUCUACAACACAGCAGACUCCUUCUCUGGCUGGCCUCAGUAACCUAGAUCCAAAAUUUGAAGAGCUGAUUCGCCAGUUCGAGGAGGAGUUCGGGGACACCAUUUCCUCAGCUUCUGCAGCAGAGACCCCAGAGAAUGGCCCUGCUCAGCCAGUGGUGACCGAGUCGCAACCAAACUCAGGACAAACCAGACCCGAGUCACCAUCCCAAAAGCAGCCAAAUAACUGCCCUCCUUUUCCCACAAAUGAUUCUGAGCCCAUGGAUGAAGGUCAAAAGGACAUGGCUGAAAGACUGAACGAAAAAACACCAUUGCCAUCUGAGGAGCUCUGUAGUAUCAAACAGGAAAGUGAGGAAUGUGAGGUGGACAUGAAACCUUCUGGGCAGCCCCUGCCUGUAGCCCAGGAUGCAUUUCUGGAGCGUCAGCACCCCUUCAUCACACCUUUCUCCCCUCCAGCUAAACGUGUAAAGAUUGAGUCAUCUGGCGGCGUGACAGUGCUCUCCACAACUGCAUGUUUGUCUGCAGACAGAGAGAGGGACGAUUUGAAUACUCCCACCAAGGAUAUCUUUCCCUCCUCCCCUUCACUUAAAGGAUUUCUUGAGUCACCAUUGCGUUAUCUGGACACUCCCACCAAGAACCUGCUGGAUACACCCAGGAAAGAUGCCCAACCUGACUUUCCCACCUGUGACUGCGUAGAUCAAGUCCUAGAAAAGGAUGAGGGUCCAUAUUACAAUCAUUUGGGAUCUGGGCGAGACAUUGCUUCAGUCAGACAAACGAUGGAAGAGAGGUAUGGGGAGAAGGGCGAAGCCAUUCGUAUUGAGAGGGUGAUUUACACAGGGAAAGAAGGAAAGAGCUCUCAGGGAUGUCCUAUCGCUAAGUGGGUGAUUCGUCGCAGCAGUGAGAAGGAGAAAUUGUUAUGCAUUGUGAAGCAACGGCCUGGGCACCACUGUGCCAAUACUGUUAUUGUUGUUGUCAUCAUCUGCUGGGAAGGUGUACCCCGUGCUCUAGGAGAUAAACUCUACAAAGAAAUCACAGAAACCCUCAUCAAACACGGCAAUCCCACCAGCCGCCGCUGUGGACUCAAUGACGAUCGAACCUGUGCAUGCCAAGGGAAGGACCCAGAUACCUGUGGAGCUUCCUUCUCUUUUGGCUGCUCCUGGAGCAUGUACUUCAAUGGAUGCAAGUAUGCUCGAAGCAAAACCCCUCGCAAGUUCAGACUGCAUGGAGACCACCCCGAAGAGGAGGACAAUCUCAGGGAUAACUUCCAAAACUUGGCCACACAUGUGGCCCCUGUGUAUAAGAGGCUGGCUCCCCAGGCCUACAGUAACCAGUGUUUAAAUGAGAAGAUUGCUUCAGACUGUCGAUUGGGUUUGAAGGAAGGACGGCCAUUUUCAGGAGUCACUGCAUGCAUGGAUUUCUGUGCCCAUGCUCACAAAGACCAGCAUAAUCUUCACAAUGGCUGCACUGUGGUGUGCACUCUCACGAAAGAGGACAAUCGCAGGGUGGGCACAAUCCCAGAAGAUGAGCAGCUGCAUGUGCUUCCGCUCUACAAGAUUUCUCCAACCGAUGAAUUUGGAAGUGAGGAGAACCAGCGUCUCAAAAUGCAGACAGGAGCCAUCCAGGUGCUCACUAGCUUCCGUCGACAGGUUCGAAAACUUCCAGAACCUGCUAAAUCCUGCCGGCAGCGUCGGUUGGAGGCCAAAAAGGCUGCAUCUGAGAAGAAGAACAGGAAAUUGCAGCUUGCAGAAACCCCAGAGAAGACUGUCAAGAUGGAGAUGCACCACAUGGAGUCACCCCACCCUGAGCAAGGCAAUAAAGCUAUUCCAAAACAGGAGGUGAAACCAACCCUCAAAAAAGAGCCCGUCGACCGCUUCCAGCCCUUCAAUGGAGCCAUACAUGGCUACCCAGCACUAGGGAACGGCAAGACAACCUCUGAUCCCCACAACAUGCACAGUUCGUUGUCAUAUCCUGGUAACUAUGCAAGAGGUCGCAUCCCUACCAACAGCCAGCCUCCUGCACAGAGCCCUAUCAAUGGCUUUCACCCCAGCCUCCAAGAAAUACGCUACGGUUAUUACAACUACCCUCCUAGUGCACUUUUUCCUCCUGAGCUCUUGGGAUACGAUAAUGCAGCCUGGCCCAAAGCUGGAGAACCCUCUGCCACACCAUUUGACCAGAAGCCAGAUGUUCAGUGUCUCCAAGCCAAACUGGCACAGGCCUAUCCCGGCCGUCCUCUGCAGCCACAGCAACAAAUGGCUGAUGCCUCCAUUCAAGGCUUCCCACACCCUUCUGAGGUUUCCCAGUCUCCUGUCCCACCCAGCCGUACUCCAUCGCAUGAGCAGACACACCGCUCUACGCCCAUCAUCAAGCAGGAGCCCAUGGAUGUGCCCCUAUAUGACGGCAGAUCGGAUGGGCAAGCUCAAAGCUGCCCUAGCACUCCCAGUACCACACCAAAACCCGAAGGCUGGCCUGGGCACAAACUGAACGGCAGCCUAGUCCCUAAAGGCUGGGAUGGAAGUAUCAGGCCAGGUCCGACUGAUUCGCCUUUCACUCCGGACAAGCAGAGGCUCCACCAGCAACACCCACACCAACACGAACACCCUCAGUAUCUACAGCAGCAACAAUGGAAUUCCUAUUCCUGCCCUAACACUCCAAUGGCAUCCCCUGCCCCAUCUCCGUCCCCAUCCCUAAAAGCAGGUCUGUCACCUGCACCCUCUCCGCACCCGUCCACCCCAAGACAGUGGGGUAGCCCUGCCCCAAGUCCACAACCUAAAGCAUGGGGUCCUUAUGGACCCAUAGGUUACGGCGCCGGUGGUAUACUGCAAGGAAAUCCUGCUGGUGCUUUCCCCGACAAAAUGCUUUCCCAGGCAGGUGGGAACUGUGGCUCUGCACCUCUGGGACUCCAGGAGAAAGCCUGGAAAUCUGGUGGUGGGUCAGCAGCAGGCAGCACGCCAUCUCCGGCUCCUGAGGGACGCUUGUUUCCCGAUGCACUGCAAAAGUCGGAUGGUCAGGCAUGUUGGGACAGUGAGGCAGAGACCCAGAGCGAACGUGACCCUGAGGAGGACGAUGUGUGGUCAGACAGCGAACACAACUUCUUGGAUCCCAACAUUGGAGGAGUAGCAGUGGCCCCCGCUCAUGGUUCUAUCUUAAUUGAGUGUGCCCGUCGAGAGCUCCACGCCACCACGCCGCUUAAAAAGCCUGACCGCUCUCACCCGAGCCGCAUAUCCCUGGUCUUCUACCAGCACAAGAACCUGAACCAGCCCUCCCAUGGUCUGGCUUUGUGGGAGUCCAAGAUGAAACUCCUGGCCGAGCGAGCACGGCAGCGGCAACAGGAAGCAGCUCUUUUGGGUCUCUCACAGGAAGAAAUUAAGGCCUAUGGGAAAAAACGCAAGUGGGCGGCUGGAUCGGCGAGCCCGUCCCCUGGACAAACCAAGGACAGACGAGAGGGUGUGGUGACACGGAUGGCGCCCACACAGCAUACCACCACCAUAGUCACAGUUUCACCCUACCCAUCCACACACCUCACUGGUCCUUACAGUCGAUUUGUGUGAACUCUUCUUGUAGACUGUUGCCCCCUGGAGCCAGAGAUGGGAAUAGAAAUGAUAAGGAUCAUGAAUCUGACUCCUUUACCAUUCGCUUCCCCUCUUCUAGCUCCAACGCCUCUCUCAGGCCACCACAAGGGAGGGAGAAUAGAGGAAGGGGCACAUUUUUCACUUUUUUUCUUUUACCUCAAAUUUUGGCAGCAGUUUGGGAGCUCCCCAAACGGACAUGCUGCCUAUGGUGCUCUUGCUCUCUCCAACGUGGGAGGGAUUUCCAUAGCUACCCCUCCUUAAGUGAAUUUGAUGAUCCUAAUUAUUAUUGCUCUAUUAUCAAUAUUAUUACAAUUGCUAUUGUUACUGUCAACGUUGAUAUUACAGGUAUUGUUAUUAUAUUAUGAAGAUGACUAUUUUUUAUUUUAAUGUUAUUGUUUUUUCAUCAUUGUUAUUAAUAUUAUGAUUUCCCCCCCUCCCCCCUCUUGACUAAGAGGGACUUCCUUUCUUCACUCUCGCUUGUUCAUUAUGAACAUGAGAACAAGCUAAUCAGCAUUUUUCGUUGCGCUUUUCGCCUCUCCCACCCUCACCGACCUCUCGAUCGAUGAAGCGCCUUCACAUCAUUGCACGUCGCAUUUAUGCGACUGCAUUAAGGCAUCUCUGGAGUAUCCGCUCAUUGUGCUAGUCACUGAACACGUGACCAAGAAAGAGAGGGCCAGACACCAGCUUGGGCCUUUCUGUUUGGUGCCACUCUGAUGAAAUCUGUAAAGUUUCUCAUCCCUUCAAAUGGUGCUUCUUUUCUGUCUCAAGUGUCUCUAAUUUUGCCCUCACAAAAUCGAGGCAGGUGCUUGACCUGGGUGCUCUUUAGCAGCAGAUGUCAGUCAUGUUCAGUGACGCUAAUUGGCUCAGCCUUCCAUCGCGUCAUCUGAUUGGUGCUGACUCAUUUGCCUGCAGUUUCAUUGGCCAUUCUUCACUACCCACGUGACAUUUGUAGACUAAGUUCUCAAAGGUGCUGAUAGUGCUAGCAAAAAUCCACCUUAAUCAAACCGCCCUGAAGAGCUGCAGAUAACCCACCGUGGGUCUUAAGCGUAUGAUUUCCACAAUCCAGACUCAGCUCAAACAGGGAAUUCUAAAACCGUCAGCCAGUUUUUAUUGGCUUGUAAUUCUGUAAUCUCUGCUUGAUUCACCCUAGAUUGACCGUAGAGCAGAGACGCUGAGCUGCAGUAGGUAAGAAAUGAUAGUUUUUUUUUAAAAAAACAAAUGAAUUGCCAUUACAGAUGAGUAUCUACAGAUUUGUAACAUUGGUGUUUCUGGUUGGGUUUAGACAGCAGACUAAAAAAGAUCCAAAAGAAGAUCUACACAGGGUUAAAGCUAGAGGGGGACUUUCCAACUGGCUCCCAGUUGGGAGGAUUCCCAACACAACCGGCCCUGUGCAAACUGAACUGAACACGUCUUCCAUGUCCUGAUUUAUCUGUAGUUACCCAUUUGUAAUGACGAUUCGAUUUUCUUACCUACUGCUGGUUAAACCCACCAGCCUAAUGGACAGAGCACAUUUCUUGGAGUUGGUGCUACUAUGAGUCUUUUCAUACUCCCCUCUCGUUCUAAGCAGCCCAUGGUGCUGAUUGGCAACGCAUACGGUUUCAGCUCAGCUGUUUGUGCGGGUGCAUGUAUAAUUACGAGAAUGUAUGCGUGCCGGUGUGAAUGCCUGUCUGUGAGCUACAUAUAGAGAGCAAUGCAGGGCUGCUGCUGGUUUACACAGGGCUGUAAGAUGCUUGACACUCACAGAGGAGAUCCUGGUGCUCAUUAAGUGGUCCUAAAGCUCUUUACCUCAUGUUGUACAGACACUGGUCCCAGUCACAACAUGCUACAAACACACGGGCGCUACAGACUGCAGGCUUGCUGCCUACAUCCACAUUCGUACCUACUUUUUUAUUAUUAUUUAUUAUAUGAUAAUGAUGAUGAUGAUUAUUGUUAUUGUGAUUGCUGUCAUUUUGUUUUGUUUUUUUUUUCUCUUUGUUUGUUCAUUUUAGAGAAAUUGUACAUAUUGAAGAGAGGAUUUUAUAAAAGCACUUUUAAUCUUGAUUUUAAUGAGGAAAAAAAAUAAGAACGGAUUAUUGACAACUUGAAACCUAGUUUUUGUUUUAAUGGAAUUUUAUUGGGAGAGAUAGAAAUGUAAAUAGUUAAAUAUUUAGGUAAGAUUAUUUAACUGGUGAGGGAUGAUGGCCUAAUCAUGAAUGAUUCCUGAAUUUUUAGUCUUCAGUUGUCUGUAUGUCAAGCCGUCAACAACAGACCAACAAAGCAGGAUGUUUUGUUGGUCUACUCAAGAUACUGCUGUCCUUCCUUUCGUGAGUACUGUACUUACACCAAUACCUCUGUACUACCAUUGUCACCGGCUUCCUUCCCCUGCAUCUGAUCCACAUCUAUAAACCAUAAACUAUUGGAGAACAAAAAAAUGAAUGUGAACGUGUUGACUAAUACAGUUCGCAAGGAUUCAGGACUCAUGUUUUUUUGUUUGUUUUUCAAAUCAGAAAGGGAGUGGAAGUACAUCGCUUUUACAUGAAAAUUGCCCAUAGAACCGAAAAGAGUAUCAGGUGUAAACUUGCAGUUUGAAAUGUGACAGCUUUCAGUUCAAAACUCUCGGUAGAUCAUGCAACGCCUAUUAUUUUGCUUUAUUUUAUUAAAUAUUGUGUGUGGGGUGAGUCUUACAAAGCUCUGAGUCUGCACUGACAUGAUAUUAUCUAGAUCGUCACCUGUUCUUGGAGACGUAAGACAUACCCCUGAAAUUUAAAAAGCUGAGUUUCAAGACUUCUCUCGAAGUCCAGUGCAGUUUUAUUCACCCUAAAUGGCUUUUGAACCAUGGUGCUACCCCCUAGAGUUCACUGUGGAAAAGACUCUUGGCAAACACUGUUGCUACAGUUCUUCGGGCUCUUAAAUUAAUAUGUGAACUAGUUUUGAGAGGAAACCUAUAUGGUGCUGAUCAUUUUUAAAUCUUUUUACGUAGUUAUUUCUGAUAAUCGCGAUUUAAAAAAAGAAGAAGAAGAAAAAAAAAGCACUCCAACUGAUCCAGUUACCCUUUUUAGCCAUCAUCCUAAAUAAUUGAAAUGGUACUUGAAGAGCAUGAUGGCAGGUAGA